AUGCGGUGGGAUACGCUGGGGGCAUUUGGAUUAUGUGGAAUCAUACCAACUAUGUUAUGGAGGUUUUGGAAAAAAAAUCCUCAAGUCAUCUUGCUAAGAAUUAAAACUCCUGACAAAACCCCUUUCCUCUUCUCGGCAGUGUACGCUAAUCCUAGAUUGGAAAGGAGGAGGGAGCUGUGGGAUGUGUUGCGUGACUGGCACUUGAGGUUUGAGGAGCCUUGGUUACUUGCAAGAGAUUUCGAUGAGAUUCUAUCGGUGGAUGAAAAAAAAGGUGGAGCCCCUGUUGACCUUGGGAGGUGCUCCGAAUUUGCAGCAGCUCUGGAUGAUUGCCAGCUUAUGGACAUGGGCAGUUAUGGGCCUCUAUUCACUUGGAAAGGGCCAAAAUUUGCACACCUUAACCGGGUCUUUAAAAGACUGGAUCGUGUUGUUGCUAACGUGAAUUGGAGGAAUGCCUACGAAGAAGCUGUAAUCAAAAUCCUUCCUAGAACUUGCUCUGAUCAUAAUCCUUUACUGAUUUGCCUUUCUCCUGCUAACUGUGAUUGGGAGGAACGUCCUUUCAGAUUCUUCCCUCCUUAG